GGAUACAAUUGUCACUCUCCAAAAGGGCCUCAUUUACAAGCUAUUGGAAAGCAUCCAAACUACAGCAUUUCAAAUGUUAGCCUGGCUCUAGGAAGGAACCAGCAUGUCCCCAAGUUGGGUUGGAGGGUCCCCUCUGGAAGGGUGUGAGGCGUCGCUGGAGGAUGAAGGAGGGAGAAGGAAAACAGUGUCUCCCCGUUUCCUUGAUCUUGGGAAGGGGUCCCCGGGGUGUCGGACUCCAGACUGAGAAGAAACACCUGCUCACGCCGGCCUCGCACCGGCCAGGCUCAACCUCACCAUGCUCCACGACGUGCAUCCCGGGGACAGGGCGCCCCCGCACCAUGACCCGCUCCUUGGGGUUGGGGCGGCCUCCCUAAGCUCGGCCCAGCCCCCCGCGGCCCCAGCGGAGCUUCCGCUCUCACGUCUUGCCUUUCGAGUCCCCGGAGGCGGCGGCCGGGGCCGGGGGGCCGGGGCUACGGGGGAGGGGGCGUGCCGGUACCUCGUGGGCACCCCGCGACCUGGCACCAGCCCCAGCACCUCCCGCAACCGCCUCCGAGGGCCCGCCCCCGCCCUCUCUCCGCGCCACCCUCCUCCGGCGGCGAGGGGGCUGCUGGCGGGGCACUUGGCCACUGUCCACAGGGCCAUGGAGCCGACGCCGCGCGGCGAGCCAGAGCCGGAGCCGGAACCCAGCAGCACCAACCAGAGCCUGUGCCAGGAGAGGGGACCAGAACCAGGCUGCCCUAUGACGGAACUGAGGCUUCUCCUCUUAGGCAAAAGAGGUGCAGGAAAAAGUGCCACAGGAAACACUAUUCUGGGCAAAGCUGCGUUUGUGUCCAAAUUCAGUGACCACAUGGUGACUAAAACAUGCCAGAGAGAGAGUGGGGUCACAAAAGAGAGAAGGGUUGUGAUCAUAGACACCCCCGACCUUUUCUCCUCAAUGUCUUGUUCCGAAGACAAGCAACGUAACAUUGAACACUGCUUGGAGCUCUCUGCUCCCAGCCUCCACGUCCUGCUUCUGGUAAUCCCCAUCAGCUUUUAUCAGGUCGAGGACAUAGAGACAGUCAAGGGGAUGCAUGAGGUGUUUGGAGCUAAUGCCAGGAGGUACAUCAUUGUGGUCUUCACUCGGAAGGAUGAGUUGGAGAAUUUCUCACUGCAAGAUUGCAUUGAAAGUCAGGCCUCCCUUAGGGAGUUGGUUGGAAAUUAUGGAGACCGAUACUAUGCUUUCAACAACAAGGCAAGUGAGGAUGAGCGGGAUGUCCAGGUGAGGGAGCUCCUCGGCAUGGUCCAGCGUUUGGUGGAUGAAAACGGAGGACCAUUUAUCGUGAACCUCAGAAAUGAAGGCCACGGAUGCCUGGAUCCUGUGAAUGAAGCCACAUCUCAGAAGGGAGACAAUCCACAUGAGAUGCUGAGCAUUGUCCUUGUGGGGGGUAUCGGCACUGGGAAGAGCGCCACAGGGAACACCAUCCUUGGGAACCGUAUCUUUCAUGAUCAGUUCCGAGCACAGCUGAACACCAAGACGACCCAGAGCAGCAGGAGGAUGUGGGGCAGGUGGACAGUUGUGGUUGUGGACAGUCCCUUGCUCUGCCAGAUGGCCAUAACUGAGUGCAGUCAAUCCUCUCUGGAGAAGGAGAAGAACAAGGUCAUCAGACACUGUGAGAAAGGGAACAUGGUUCUGGUCCUGGUGUUCCAGCUGGGACGCUUCACUGAGGAGGACAAAAAGGCAGUGAAGAAACUAGAGACCAUCUUUGGGGAGGAAGUUUUGAAGUACACGAUUGUGCUGUUCACCCGGAAGGAAGACCUAGAAGGGAAGGACCUCAAAGAUUACCUCCAGGAAACAGAUAACAAGGCUCUUAAGAACACAAUUAAGAGGUGUGAGGGGCGAGUGUGUGCUUUUAAUAACAAAGAAACUGGCCAAGCCAGGGAAAAUCAGGCAACACUUCUUCUGACAAUGGCCAGCGAGCUGAUAAGGAGCCAUGGAGGGCGUGGGUACCCCUAUGAAGGAAUGGGCAAAGGGAACAAAGACUUAGAAAAGUGCAAGUCCAAAAGCCUACUGAAAAACUUCAAAGAUAUGUUAUUAUAGGUAGCUGACAUGCAUGGGGUCUCUUUAAGUUAGAGACACCCUUAUUUGGGGGUGGGGGGGGCGGUAGGGCUGGUGGGAGGGGAGGAGGGUCCAUGAUUUAGAGGGCUUGAGAGGCACAUGCUGGUUACCUUGCAGUGCUUCAGCUGUUAGCGGGUGAAUAAAUUGUCAGGCCAGGGCAGGGGAUUAGAAAGGAGAAAGGGAAAUCUGGAAAGAGGCUCUUGAGAUUGGGUGGCCAUUGAGGGUCAAAAUUAAGGCACAAGAAUCACCUCACCUGUGGACACAGAUUGGAGUCAGGACAGACACUGUGACCAAGGCCAAGGCCAGCCUGGGGUCAGAACACAGUCUAAUACCCAAGAACCAGGGGAUCCAGACACAAAUGUAGAGCAAUGAGCAAUGAGUUGUCCAGCCAACCCCUGGGAUGGCAGAGUGGACAAGCUGGGUCCCAUGGGCCUUUGGAUGCCCAGGGCUGCUUGCCAGCCCUGCUGAUCCCCUGAGCUGCCUUGUCACCAGUGGGGCAGGACUCAGGGCCAGCACAUUCCUUUCCUCACAGGGCAGAUAUUCCUUAGUGCUGUCUCCAUUCCAAGCCUGAGUGAAAAGUGGGCACCAGUCUACUCUUCUUUCUUGUCCCUUAGGAAAUGAACAUGAGUCUGUGAGGUUUCCAAAGAUUUUAUUGCUAACCAUUAUAGUGAACUAGAAUAGAAUGAAAAUCCAAAAAUGUGGUAAAAUUGCCAACAUGAGACAAUCUUGCAAAGUUCCAAAAUUCUAUGUAGAAUUCUAGAUUGCCUCUAGAAAAGUUGAAAAUUUCUUUGCUCUCUCUCUCUCUUUUUAAUCCCUGAGGGUGAGGAAUUGGGGUAAAGCUUAGAGAAUUCAACUAAUAAUGUCUUGAACACAUUAAGGGCUUAUUGUGUCUCUCAUCAGGAAGUCCGAGCGUAGGCAGUCUGAGGCUAGUGUGGCAUGUGGCCUCCACGCUUAAGGUUGCUUCUCCGUUCCAGGACGGUGGUGUUCUCUGACACCUGAGCAGAUUAUAUUGAGGGCCACCUGGUGCAGGCAAUAUAUGAGAUGAGAACUAUGGGGUCUUAUUCCAGGUACGUGUAGUCAGAUGCUUUCAGUAUUAACUGUUUUAUAUAUGCUUUGAGAACAGUAUCUACGUCAUCCAUAUGCUUUUAUUUUUGGAAAGUUAUCAGUUGCCUUCAACAUGGACCGUCACCAUCAAUACUGUUGUACUCUGCAUAAACCUGAAUAUGACAAAUUCUGGAGAAUGUAUGUAUAAGUAUAUUCAGUUGAGUGAAAUAAUAAAUAUGAAUUAUAUUAUAAAUUCA